AUGACCUCGAAAGAUCUCGAGCGCGGCUCGGGUGGUGACCGUAGCCCCGGGAUCGCCGCGGCGGAACGUGCCCGAGUGGUGGCGAAUGGUGUUACAACAUUCGAAGCGAGAGCGCGUACGGGGCGAACAACGCCAACGGAGAGGGAGGCGCUGCUGGGUUCGCCCGAGCAUCGUUCGCGUUCACAGGGGUACGACUUGGCGCGUAAGAUCGUCGGCACCGUGGUUUUGGGCACGUGCGUGGGCGUCGCGGCGCUGUCCUCGCAGACGCGCGGCUACUUCAUGAGGAGCAUGGGUUCCACUGACCCGAGGCCGUACAUCGUCGACUUCGGCGACAGCGUGUCCCCAUCCUUUAAGCACCAGGCGUUCGUGUACCGGUGCGACGGCGAAUCUGACUUGCUGACCAAGCUUGCGGAGAGGAAUCAUCACGGGAUGUACGACUACUACGCCGUCACGCAGGUCACCGUCGGCGAACCCUCGUUCGAGAAGUGCUACACGAAGCACUUCUCCUCAAAUCCACUCGAUGCAGUGCCCAAGCCGGUGUACUUCACGGAGAUGGCCGCGCACAAGGGCAAGAUGAUCGGCAUGUUCCGGUUGCCCGAGAACAAAAUAUCGGCGGGCUUCGUCAACGCCUUCGAGUCCUGCCCGACGAUGCAGCACGAGCACGGCCCGAGCUGCAACCCCGCGCACGAGAGCUACGCCAUCGGCUCGUGCGACGCGGCGAUGAACCCGACGCCGCAGACGGUGGAGAAGUACUUCAACUGCGUCAAGGGGUGCCAGGUGAGCAUGCUGAACGGCAAGUUCUGCGGCGGCGCCGACCCGAAGUGCCUCGCCGUCGUGCUCGCGGACGUCCCCGACAUCUCCAGCGAGUGCGAGGCGAACCACGUGCCCAACGAGGCUGAGAUUCAAAACGCCAUCUCCAAGGUCAACGACGGGCACUUUGCCGUCGUCGGCCUCGCGGAGAGGUACGCGGAUUCGGUGCGAAAACUCAGGGCGUACCUCACGGGUCAGGGCGCGACCGCGAUGAUGGGCAAGAACAGGAAGGUUGCGCGGAUGGGCGAAUUGGAGGACCUGAAGCCGCUCGUGCCGUUCGGCGACGGUCCGGAUGUCGUCAAGAACGCAGAGGCUAGGGUGGCGGAGAUCAUGAAGCAGAAGGGUCUGCGGGACCUCGCGGACGAGCGGCUGCACGCCGCGGCGUACGAGUGGUUCCAAAGCCACUGA